AUGUCACCUUUUGAGGCACUCUACGGACGCACUCCCCCUUCUCCUCCUCUUAACCACCCCGGAUCUGUAUAUCUUGAGAUGGUGGAUCUAUCCCUACAAAAUAGAAACGACAUCAUUAAUAAGUUGAAACUCAAUCUGGAACAUAGCAGAAAACUUAUGCAAAUACAAAGUAACAAGAAAAGAAGUGACAUUAGCUUUUCCGAAGGAGAUCCCGUCUUGUUGCGUCUUCAGCCUUAUCGCCAAGUUACGGUUCAACGCCGUGUUUCUCACAAACUUUCCAAACGAUGUUACGGUCCCUUCAAGAUUCUUCGCAGGAUUGGAAAGGUCGCGUAUCAUUUGGAUCUCCCUUCUACCUCACGGAUCCACCCCGUUUUCCACGUUUCGCAACUCCGCAAAUUCUACGACAUGGAUCCUCCAUCUUCUUUCACUCCCAUUCCAUCAGAGUUUGAAAAUGAGAACAAAACCCGUUCGCCUUCAGAUAUUCCGCCUCAACCCACCACAAAGUAUGACUCUGGUACUCUAAAUGAGACAGACAACCAAGAUGAGGAACAUGCAAGGCCGGAUCAGGAGACGCAAACGCAAGCACCACACUUAACAAAAGUUUUUUCUGAUGUACCAAUCACUGCAAACACUAUGAAGAAAACUGUAAUACCCCAAAUUUUGCCCUAA